CGGUGCCAAGCUAAGACAAUAUUUUAGAAAGUAGGCCGUACGAUAAAAGUGGAUAAAAUGUCUGUUGUAAUGGAUGAAAGCAAUGACAGUGUUUUACAAGAAUAUGAUGACUAUGAACCUUGUGUUUGUAUUGUGUGCUUUCAAGAGUUUGAUCAUUAUGAUGAAUUGGAAGAGCAUUGUCAAACUCAUAAUGGAGGCAAGCCUCCGUGUUGUGAAAUAUGCAAUCAGAGUUUUUUAAAUGAGACAGAUCUCAGUGAGCAUCAAAUUAUCCAUUUCCCAGAUAAACCUAUAAUUUGCGAUAUUUGUGGCAAGCCGUUUAAAAGCAGAAACAGCUUUAGAGAGCAUUACGCUACUCAUACAGCUGAAAGGCGUCAUGUGUGUGAAGUUUGUAACAAAAGUUUCUCUCAUAUGAAGACCUUAAAAAAUCAUGUGAUCACUCACACUGGAGAAAAGCCUUUUGUCUGCAAUAUAUGCAAUAAAAGUUUCACUCAGAGGACUAACCUGAAACGACACUAUCUCAUUCAUGCAGCAGAUCAGCCACAUAUGUGCAAUAUUUGCAACGAAAUCUUCCCCGAUCCAGACUCUUUAAAAGAACAUUACUUGUCGCAUACUGGCGAUAAGCCAGUUUGUGAUGUUUGCAACAAGCAAUUUGCGGAUGUAAGCUGUCUCAACAAGCACUACCGUGUGCAUUCAAGCGAAAAACCCCACAAUUGCAACGUGUGCAACAAAGGUUUUGUGUUAAAACAACAUUUGAGAUUGCACUAUCUUACCCACACUGGGGAAAAGCCUUUCAUGUGUAACAUUUGCUAUAAAGGCUUUGCCAGCAAUAAUGGGCUAAAAUCUCAUCGCCAGAUGCACAUGGAUGAAAAACCUUAUGAAUGUGACGUAUGCAAAAAGAAAUUUCGUGACAAGAAAUAUUUCCGAAAACAUUAUCGUAUGCAUGGCAUAGAACCUUCAUGA